AUGAUUCCAAGUUCAUCCCAACUAGCGAGCUCUGGCUCUCAGCCUAGACGCUACCACCAAAACGAACCUCGCACCCCGUAUGGCUCCAGAGGGCUUACUAUGCAAAGUCACCGCCCCAAGCCCAAGGGCACCACGCCCAUUCAGAUGAACUCUAGCUUGGAUUGGUCGAAUGCCAACCGUGCAUACAACAGUCCAUUUAUCCUGGUUCCCAACUCGACCGUGUUCAACGGUGUUCCGACCGUACCGUCUUUUCUUCCCAACCCUGCUUUGGGCAAAGCCGAUCAGACGGGACAAUACUCAUACCUCCCAGCUGGUGUUUGGCCUAGCCCCAUGGUUACUGGUGCGUACUCAUCAUGGCCUUAUAUGGCCAAUUACGACAUGCAGUAUGGGACAAAGCAGCCCGCAUGGAAUGUGCCUCACGACAACAAGGAAGCACAUGGAGAGGAUAACGCUCAAGUCCAGUAUUAUCCUUCGAAUGUGGCCCAUGGCAUUGAUGGCACUGCCAUGUCUAAUUACCCCUAUGGAGGCAUGGUUCCUCCACAGCUCGGCCAGAUCCCCCUGCCUCUCCAAAUGAUGAAAACCCAUAAUGGAUACGUCGUGCAAGAUCUUGAGGCCUUGACCCAACAAGACCCUGCUAUUCCACGCGCGGUGCCUGCCAUGUGGACUAACCCGUCUGACCUGACGCUUGCUAAGUGUCUGGAAAAUCGGGAGGGAAUCACGAAUGUUUACAUCCGAGGAUUCCUUCCGGAAACUACUGAUGAGGUGCUGCAUGCCUACGCAGCCCGUUUCGGAAAGAUUGAUCGCUGCAAAGCGAUCGUUGAUCUUGACACCGGUCUCUGCAAAGGAUUCGGCUUUGUGCAAUACUUCAACUUUGAGUCCUGCGAAAAUUGCAUUCGAGGUUUUUUUUACCUCGGAUACCAGGCUAGUUUCGCGCAGAAGUCGCGAAACUCCCGGUUGAAGGACCUGGAGGACAGGUCUUCUACCAACAUCUACUGCACUAAUAUCCCAAUCGAUUGGACCGAAGCGGAUCUGCGGCGUCAUUUCGAGCCGUGGCGAGUUGUGUCUGAGAAGAUUAGCCGGGAUGAAAAGACCGGUGUGAGCAAGGAAGUAGGAUUUGCACGUUUCGAGAGUCGUGAGGUUGCGGAAAAGAUCCUCACGGAGUUCCACAAUGUCACCAAGGGGGAUGGCGUGAAGCUCCUUCUGCGCUUUGCCGACACCAAGGCCCAGAAGAUUCUCAAGCAACAAAGCAACGAGCGUCGUGCUUACCGUGCCGGCGAGUAUAACUACUCCGUGGAGGUCGUGCAGGGAUCUACCCCAUCCCCGGGGGUGAGACGUAGCUCCCAUCUCACACCAAAUUCACAAGUCACCUACACCUCUCCGGCUGGUGUGGAUUCUGAUUGGACUCCGGCAACGUCGAUCUCUCCGUGCCAACCGCACAUGAAGAAUCCAUCCAGCAGUGGACGGAGUAGCUCGUUGUCCCCGCAUGGUUUCAAUGCCCUUGAGAACACCCCACCCUACCGAACGCGAGCAAUCUCGCUGGGCCGUCGUUCUUACACCGACCUCUCUGGUGGUUCUUCCAAUACGGUAGUCCCAACUUCGCCCACUAGGGACUCUCGCAAGGAGAACAUUCGAGCAGUAUCCACCCCUCCCGGCUCGUCCCAACUGGGCUUCAUUUCUCCUACUACCUCGUCCACCUAA